UAUCGAAUCAUUAGAUUCCUCGCGAUUGUUGCCGUCUGAAAAGUAAAUCGCGCGUGAAAGGUCGCGAGUGUCUCGCGUAAAGUGUCACUUCAAUGGAUUGCGGGAAAUCAUUCCCUAAUCUUCUCAUGCUUUGAUGUCUCCUCGUUCGAACUUCAACGGAAGUGAUCGAGAACUGAUCCGGUUUAUUUCUAUGGAUUCCGACAAGCCUCAUUCGAUCUUCGCAUGCAUCAAAGUCAUCAAGAUGUCUUCUCGUUGAAUUGGAACGGAAGCGACCGUACUGAUACCUGAUUAUCAGAUUUUGAUGAGAGCGACGACGGUGUGGCGCGAUCGUGUGGCUCAUUAGCUAUCAAGAUUUCUUCAGGAAAGUCGCCGAUAUGGGCAUGCCAUCGAAUCAUCAGUGACGCGCGAGCGUUGGUCGAUGGAAAGUGAGUGAAGAGUAGCUAAAAGAAGCGUGACGUGAAAUUAAAUUGUUCGCUGGAAAAUGUGGUCGCUGGUGUUUGUCACUACCUUGGCAUUAAGCAGUGCUGUAUCGGAGACAGUGAACUUACCAAGUAAUGAUACGUGGCAAUACAGUUUCGGGGUUGAUUAUGAAAAUAAUCAAUUUUUAUUGGACGGAAAACCCUUCCGGUAUGUUUCCGGUAGUUUUCAUUACUUUCGAGCACCUAGACAAUAUUGGAGGGAUCGUUUAAGGAAAAUGCGAGCCGCGGGUCUUAAUGCGGUCUCCACUUAUGUCGAAUGGAGUCUUCACGAACCAGAACCAGGCCAGUUUAAUUGGGCCGGCGAUGCCGAUCUAAUAGAAUUCCUAAAUAUCGCGCAAGAGGAAGACUUGUUCGUAUUGCUACGACCGGGUCCUUACAUUUGCGCGGAAAGAGAUUUGGGUGGUCUACCAUAUUGGUUGCUUCGUGAAGCGCCGGAUAUAAAGCUACGUACAAAAGAUGCAGCUUUCAUGAAAUAUGCCACAGCAUAUUUGAAUCAAGUGUUAGAAAAAGUCAAGCCACUUUUAAGAGGCAAUGGAGGGCCGAUAAUCAUGGUUCAGAUAGAGAAUGAAUAUGGAAGCUAUAAUGCUUGCGAUACCGAAUACACGGACAUGUUGAAAGAAAUCAUUGUCGGAAAGGUCGGCAGUAAGGCUCUUCUCUACACGACGGACGGUGCAUCUGCGUCCUUGCUCCGUUGCGGUUUCGUACCUGGUGCAUAUGCCACCAUCGAUUUCGGGACAUCCGUUAACGUGACCAACAGUUUUCAAUCUAUGCGUCUCUAUCAACCACGAGGUCCCUUGGUGAAUUCUGAAUUUUAUCCAGGAUGGUUAACUCACUGGGGGGAAACCUUCCAGAGGGUGAAAACCGAAGCUGUCACAAAGACAUUGAGGGAAAUGCUUGCUCUAGGCGCUUCCGUUAAUAUUUACAUGUUCUACGGUGGUACAAACUUUGGUUUCACUUCCGGCGCUAACGGCGGUGUAGGUGCAUAUAGUCCACAGAUAACUUCUUACGAUUAUGACGCUCCUUUGACUGAAGCCGGAGAUCCGACAGACAAAUACUUUGCUAUAAGAGAUGUCAUCGGUCAGUAUCUGCCAUUGCCGAAUAUAUCUCUUCCAACCGAAUCUCCGAAAGGCAAUUACGGUCCGGUAUUAUUAGAGCCAAUACAGAAGCUAUUCGAUAGCGAAUCCUCGUUCGUGAUAAGCUGGGCGAGCAGCGACAAACCUAGAACUUUCGAGCAUCUAUCUGUGAAUCAAGGUUUUGUACUUUACGAGACGGAUUUGCCGCCUCCCGUUUUCGACCCAGUUAUAUUAAGGGCAACCAUAAAGGAUAGAGCGCUGGUUUACGUGGACGGUCGAUUAUCGGGCACGUUGAGUCGUAUGGAUAAGAUAUUUACUAUUCCGUUAGAGAAUCCUUACGGUCGCCGUCUAAGUCUAUUGAUAGAGAAUCAAGGCCGUUUGAAUUUUGGCAACGAAAUCCAUGAUUUUAAGGGUAUAUCAAAUGUGACUCUCAGCGGAACUCCAUUGAUUAAUUGGAAUAUGACGGGCUACGCGUUCUCUGACGUGUCAUUUCUUCAAGAUGUGAUGACCAUAGACAUAGAGAGCGGGACUCUAAACAAUGGCCCGGUAUUUCUUCGUGGACGCUUCACGAUUACCGGGCAACCGUUGGAUACAUUUUUAGACACUACAGGCUGGGGUAAAGGAGUGGCUUUCGUGAACGGUCACAAUCUUGGUAGAUACUGGCCGUUAGUCGGCCCGCAAAUAACUUUGUAUGUUCCGGCUCCGUAUCUUCGUACAGGCGAGAAUGAGUUGAUUUUAUUGGAAUUGGAAUACAUAUCGCAGACGAGAAAGAUGAAGUUUCAAUCCGUACCGAAUUUGGGAUAGCAGAGCUUGGAUAAUUAGACGAAACUCUUGUAUAACGUUAGAAAUAAAUAUACGAGAGAUUUCUCUACCGUAGAAAUUUUUUUGUCCACAAUUGAAAGUAUAUUCCCAAAAAUACAUUUAGCGUAGCUGUAUGAUUUUCGCUCAAAUAUUGUAAUUAAUAAAAAAAACAUUGAUAAAUCGUUCGUUCUAUAUCCUAUUAAUUAAUUAAUUGUUUUCUUUUAGGUAAAAAAUGAAACGAUCAGAAUGUUACCAAAAAAUAAUGUAUUCUGUAGUAAAAUAGAUUGAUUCGGAAUAUUUUACGCGAUAGAAAUGCUAUGUUUUCUUAAAGAAAUAUUGCAUAAUAUUGCAAAAUUAACGAUUUAAAAUCAUAAUUUUAUGCUCAUCUUAUUUGAUCUAUCAGGAGUUUAAUCGUCUCGAUAAAAAAAAUACGCCAUCCGGAUAUCAAAGAUAUGAAAAGAACAUUACAGGAACAUUUAACGACAAUUUCUACGAUACAGAAAUCGA